AUGCUUAACCCAUCGCUCGCCGUGGCGGUCACACUCCCGCUCGUCAUAUCUGCAAAGCCAGUUGUUGCCCACACAUCUAUCGACGACCCCGUCUUCAACGCACCCGUCUUGACGCACUUCCUGCACAUGAAUGCCUUGACCAGCUUUCCAGUGAAUAUAUCCGACAUCGAUGGAAUCAGAGGACGCUACCCCAACGUCGGAGGAAACCUGACCGGCGCUAUCACCGGCACAAUCGUCAACAUGGGUGCCGCAACGGAAUGGUUCCCCAUCCUCCUCAACGAGACAGCAAGUUUCUACACCAACAUCUGGACCAUCAACGCCACCGUCCCCUCCCUCACCCAAUCCAAACCUAUCUCCGUCCCCAAACAAAAUCGCAAGCAAAGACCAGGACAAUACGGCGCCCGCCCCGGCGACAACACGCCCUCUCCCCCUUCUUCCUCCCCAGCAAACGAAUACACAACCAUCUACCUCACCGCCUCCGCACAUCUCACCUACGCCAACGAAUUUCUCCACGGCUUCGGCCCCGUCACGGUUUCCUCUUCGCACCCUGCGUUCCUGGACCUUAAUGUGAGGAGCUUCUAUGCGGAGAUUGAGGCGGGGUAUCGGACGGGGCUGGGGAGGAUUGAUGUUUUUGAAGUCAAGACGGAAGGGAAGCGGGAUGGGAGCCCGAUUGAGGCGCUGUUGCCGCCUGGGGUGGAGGCAUAA